AUGUCUAAAUCCGUCAUUAACGAAGCUAUCGGCUCCCUCCCCACCAAGCCUCCUCGUGUGAUCAAGAACGUCAAGGACUUGUUCUCGUUGAAAGGUAAGGUCGCAUCUGUCACUGGUUCCUCCGGAGGAAUUGGUUGGGCUGUCGCCGAGGCUUAUGCUCAGGCUGGUGCCGAUGUGGCUAUCUGGUACAACUCGAACCCUGCUGAGGAAAAGGCCGAGUACUUGAGCAAAACCUAUGACGUCAAGGCCAAAGCCUACAAAUGUAACGUCUCAGAUUACAAAGAUGUGGAGCGUGUGAUCAACCAGAUCGAGGAGGACUUUGGUGGUCUUGACAUCUUCGUGGCCAAUGCUGGUGUGCCAUGGACUGAGGGUCCCUGUAUCGAUGUUGAAGGUGUGGAUGACUGGCACAAGGUGAUCAACUUGGAUCUCAGUGGAGUCUACUACUGUGCCAAGGCUGCCGGACGUAUCUUCAAGAAGAACGGCAAGGGCUCGUUCAUCAUCACUGCAUCUAUGUCUGGCCACAUCGCCAAUGUGCCCCAAUUGCAGGCUCCAUACAAUGCAGCUAAGGCUGGAUGUAUUCACUUUGCCAAGUCUUUGGCUGUGGAGUGGGCUCCAUUUGCUAGAGUGAACUCGGUGUCGCCAGGCUACAUUGCCACGGAAAUCUCCGACUUUGUCGAUAAAGAUACCAAGUCCAGAUGGCACCUGUUGAUUCCAUUGGGCAGAGAGGGUGAGACGCAGGAGUUGGUUGGUGCAUACUUGUACUUGGCCUCCGACGCAUCGACGUACACUACUGGUACUGAUAUCUUGGUUGACGGAGGCUACUGUGCUCCAUAA